AUGAUGGCUGGUUCACGUAGAGGAUUAGUAGCUCCACAAAAUAUAUUUCUUGAAACUGUUUUAAGACGAUUUAGUACACCACAAACUGGAUUAUUAAUUGCCAAUGCUAGAAUAGUUGAUCAUCCAAUAAUAUAUGUCAAUGAAAGUUUUACUAAAAUGACAAAUUAUACAAGUCGUGAAAUGAUGCAUCAAAAUGCUAUAUGUCGUCAAUUACAUGGUAAAAGAACAUCAAUUAAUUCAAUAGAAAGAUUGAAAAAUGCAUUAGAUGAAGGUUAUUUUGAUCAAGUUGAAAUUACUUUAUAUAAAAAGAAUCGUUCAAUGAUUUGGGUUAUUAUGUGUGUGGCUCCAGUUGAAAAUGAUAAACAUGAAAUACCUCUAUAUCUUAUUUUAUUUUAUGAUAUAUCACCACUCAGACAACCACUGGACGACGAGACACUUAGUGGAAGUUUUAGUAAAUUUGCCAAGUUGGCACGUUCAGUGGCUCGUAAUAAAACUGUGUUAUCACAAGUUGAACUAGACGACUCAUUGGUUGCUGUUGCUCCCAUUCAAAGCAACAGUAUACCAAAAUACCGUCAGGAGUCACCAAAAACACCUCCACAUGUUGUAUUACAUUAUUUAACAUUUAAAACUGCCUGGGAUUGGAUAAUAUUUUUAUUAACUGGUUAUACAUGUAUUAUUAUUCCGUAUAGUGUUGCAUUCGGUCAUGAUACAUUAUCAGAAGAAUCAAUAUACUUUGCUGUUGAACAUAUAGUUGAUAUAAUAUUCUUCAUUGAUAUUGUUUUAAAUUUCCAUACAACUUUUGUUGGCUCAUCUGGUGCGGUUAUUUCAGAUCCAGUAUUGAUACGUUUGAAUUACUUAAAAGGUUGGUUUAUAGUUGAUUUAAUCUCUUCGCUACCAUUUGGAAUUCUAGCAGUAUUUAGUGAUCAUACAACAUUAGUCAAUUUGUCCAGUAUAUUAAAACUGGCACGUUUAUUACGAUUAUGUCGAGUAUUGAGAAAAUUAGACCAAUAUUUGGAAUAUGUGGCGUCAAUUUUAUUAAUUAUGCUAUUCUGUUUUAUACUAUUAGCUCAUUGGUUAGCCUGUGUCUGGUAUUUAAUUGGAAUGCAUGAUUUAAAAGAUAAAAUUUAUCAUGGUUGGAUAAUACAUUUAAUGAAUGAAACAACUGGUCCGAAAAAUUGGUCUAAUACAUCAUUAGAGGAAUAUUUACCAUCACAAUCUAUGCUAUACAUGACAUCAUUUUAUUUUACUUUAUCUGUGAUAACUAGUAUAGGAUUUGGAAAUGUUGCAGCGAAUACAAUAUCAGAAAAAGUUGUUUCUAUUAUUUUUAUGCUAAUUGGAGCACUUGUUUAUGCUACAAUAUUUGGUAAUGUGGCGACUAUUUUACAACAAACACAUGCAACUCGUGCAAGACUUAGACAAUUAAUGUCUAGCGUGAAAGAUUUUUUACGAAUUCAUGAAGUACCUAAAGAAUUAGCUGAAAGAGUUAUUGAUUACGUAACAUCAAGUUGGUCGAUUACAAAAGGUGUAGAUACACAAACAGUAUUGAGUCACUGUCCAAAAGAUAUGAAAGCUGAUUUAUGUGUUCAUCUUUAUCGUGCUGUAUUUAGUGAGCAUCCAGCUUUUCGACUAGCCAGUGAAAGUUGUCUUAGAGCUUUAGCUGUUUCAUUUACAGUUCAACAUAAUGCUCCUGGUGAUCUAAUCUUUCAUCAAGGUGAAAGUAUUGAUCAGUUAUGCUUUGUAGUAUCUGGAUCUUUAGAAGUAAUACAAGAUGAUGAAAUAGUAGCUAUCCUGUCAAAAGGUGAUAUAUUUGGUCAACCUAUAUUUAAGGAUACAGAUGUUGGUCAAAGUGCAGCAAGUGUACGGGCUUUAACAUACUGUGAUUUACAAUGUAUUAAACGGGAUAAACUUAUAGAUAUUUUAAAAUUUUAUUCACAAUUUGCAGUUUCAUUCUCUCGGACACUUGUACUCAGUUAUAACUUGCGUAAUCGUUUAAUAUUUCGCAAAAUAUCUGAUGUUCGAAGAGAACAAGAAUUAAAUGAAUUAAGACGAAGUCAGCCUCCAAUAUCAAGUUUAGCACCAGACCAUCCGUGGAAAAACAAGUGGAAAUCAAAUGAUACAUCGUUGAGUGCUACAAAUCCUAUACCAGAAACUACAUCAUCAGAAUGUGUUCCAAGUUUAACAAAGCCAAAAUUAAGUUGGAGUCGACUUCUUGACGUACCUAAAACAACAUUAUCAACACAAACCACAAUAAAAAUAACAACUACAACUACAACGGCAACAACAACAACACUAACAACCAAUACUCAUCAAUCUAUUACAAUAAAUAAUGAAACUAUAAAACAAACAAAACAACAUGAUGAUAAAAUUCAAUUAUCAACUAAAUAUUCUAAUGCAUUCAUUAUAAAUAAAUUAAAUAAUCAAGAUAUCAUUGAAGGUGAACAAGAAAAAUUUCAUAAAACUAUUAUGCAACAUAUUGAAUUAUUAAGGAAUAAUUUUUUAACAAAUAUACGUACUUUAUCAAGUCGAAUAGAUUUAAUUGAUCAAAGAAUAACACGUAUAACACAAUUUAUUAAUCAUCAUAAUAAUAAUAAUAAUCAAGAAAUGAAAGGUUUGUAA